CAAUAUUUGUUGGCAGCAAGCGCAAGCCAAAUAGUAGACAAGCGUUCCCCUCUGCAAACAGUCACAUUCAAGAGCUCAAGCCAAAGAGACACUCGAGCGGACCAGCAGCAGCAACAGCAGCAGCAGCCAGAGAAGCAGUCAGAGAAGCACCUUUUGCUUUAGCUUCAGCCUCAGCUCCAGAAGCUCCAGACUUUUAGUGGCCACAAGCCACGCAACGUUCGUGCGUCGGUUUUUGCAGAGAGUGACGACAAGUGCAAUAGUGCUUCAUAGAAAUGCAUCAAAAAUGAAAAUCAAUUUUAUGCAGUGAUAGUGCAGUGAAUUGAAAGCAAAAAGCUAGAAAACAACAAACCAAAUAAGAGCAUAAACAAAAUACAGAAUAAGCCAAGUCCAAGCGCUAGACAGUUUUUAAUUUUUCCGUUUUGAAAACGCGUACCGCACGCGUUACCCUUUCCAUACAUCCACACGAGUCCAAAAGCCGGCAACAUAACGGCGCAACUAUUGAACAGCUUCCUGAAGGGUAGCCCCCACCAGACCACCAUUGACAUCAUGCAGAAGCUCUACGCGGAGCCGCCGCCCAGCAGCGCUCCGGUGAGCAUGGCCACCGCCGGAGGCCCUGCGUCUGGCGGCGGUGGUGGGGGUGGACCUGGUGGUGGAGGACCUCCACCGCCCAGCAACAACAAUCCGAAUCCCACAACGAAUGGCGGCAGUAUGAGUCCGCUAGCCAGAUCUGCUUACACAAUGAACAGCAUGGGUCUGCCGGUGGGCGGCAUGUCGUCCGUAUCUCCUCAAGCGGCGGCCACCUUCGGAUCCAGCGUCCUGGACUCUGCAGCGGCGGUGGCCAGCAUGAGCGGCAGCAUGGGAGCCGCGGCGAUGAACUCGAUGGGCGGCAACUGCAUGACUCCCAGUUCGAUGAGCUACGCCAGCAUGGGAUCCCCACUGGGCAACAUGGGCGGAUGCAUGGCCAUGUCGGCGGCCAGUAUGUCGGCGGCGGGACUGAGUGGCACAUACGGCUCCAUGCCACCUGGAUCGCGGGACAUGGAGACAGGAUCCCCGAACUCUUUGGGCAGAUCCCGCGUGGACAAGCCCACCACCUACCGUAGAAGUUAUACGCAUGCCAAACCGCCGUAUAGUUAUAUCUCUCUGAUCACGAUGGCUAUCCAAAACAACCCGACGCGAAUGCUGACACUGUCCGAGAUCUACCAGUUCAUCAUGGACCUGUUUCCCUUCUACAGACAGAACCAGCAGCGCUGGCAAAACUCCAUCCGCCAUUCUCUUAGCUUUAACGAUUGUUUUGUAAAGAUCCCAAGGACGCCGGAUAAGCCGGGCAAGGGAUCCUUUUGGACAUUGCAUCCGGACUCCGGGAACAUGUUCGAAAAUGGUUGCUAUCUCCGGCGGCAAAAGCGUUUCAAGGAUGAAAAGAAGGAGGCCAUUCGACAGCUUCACAAGAGUCCGUCGCACAGCAGCUUGGAGGCGACCAGUCCGGGCAAGAAGGACCACGAAGAUUCGCACCACAUGCACCACCACCACCACAGUCGGCUGGACCACCAUCAGCACCACAAGGAGGCGGGCGGAGCAUCGAUUGCCGGAGUGAAUGUGCUGAGCGCAGCGCAUAGCAAGGAUGCGGAAGCCCUGGCCAUGUUGCACGCCAAUGCAGAGCUGUGCCUCAGCCAGCAGCCGCAGCAUGUGCCCACGCACCAUCACCACCAGCACCACCAGUUGCAGCAGGAGGAGUUGUCAGCGAUGAUGGCCAAUCGAUGCCAUCCGUCACUGAUCAGCGACUAUCACUCCUCGAUGCACCCGCUGAAGCAGGAGCCCUCCGGCUACACGCCUUCCAGCCACCCGUUCUCCAUCAACCGCCUCCUUCCCACGGAGUCGAAGGCGGACAUCAAGAUGUACGACAUGAGCCAGUACGCCGGCUACAACGCCCUCAGCCCGCUGACCAACUCACAUGCUGCCUUAGGCCAGGACUCCUACUACCAGAGUCUCGGCUAUCACGCGCCCGCCGGCACCACGAGCUUGUGACACCACCAGUACCCGCUGGCUUAAGGGCGCGCGGAGCAGAUGCUGCGCUCGCAGCAGCAGCAGCACUUGCAGCAGCAGCAGCAGCAGGCGGCGCAGCAACUGACAUCCGCUUCAAAUGCCACAUCGACAGCCGGGGGGAAGGCCAGCAGCGGCAAGGCGGGAUCGGGUCCGGGGUCCGGAUCGGGCUCAGGAUCUGGUUCGGGAUCAGGGUCAGGAUCUGGCUCGGUCAACUACUCACAGAAACUGGCUCAGCAGCAGCAGCAACAACAGCAGCAGCAACAGCAACACCAGCACCUGCAACAGCAGCACCAACAGCAUCUGCAGGAGCUGCAGGAGGACUCCUCGAACAUCACCAGCGACCUCAGCGAGGAGCAACUGCAGCAGUACAACAACUACCAGCAAUAUGCAGCGGCGGCCAGCUACCGCAACUGGAAUCACAGUCUCACGUUCAACGGGGCUGCUGCCUUGCAGAACUUGCUGUAGCUGUAGCUGCAGCCAUAGUGGCCCGGACCACCAUCCGGCCAAUUAGCAAGUGGUGGGACGAGUUCGGUGGCUUUUAGCACCUGGGCGCAUCCUUUGAGCACGUGAGUAGGUUCGCCGGCUCGCGUUUUUGUACAUAUACCGAUCGGACUACAGGCUGCAGGUCUUCUACUCCGAGUUGUUCAGUUCCAAUAUUAAAUACAUUCAUACAUAUAUGUAUACCGUUCUGUUUGGGGGUCAUUCAAGAUCGAUGAGGAAAACGAAAGAAAAAAGUGAUGUAGUUGUAAGUGCAGCGUGCGGGGCGUCAGAAAACAAAGGAUACGAAUUUUUUGCACCCUGUCGAGCUAAAAUUUUGUUAACAAUUUACGUUUUUUUGCAAAUAUAAAAACAACCACAAAAAUAAUAAUUCCGUGCCAUUUGUUUUCGUUGUUUCGAAACAAGCAAUAACAAUCAAAGCGGUUAAAACUACAAAUUUAAACAUUUUAAAUGUAUAAUCGAGAGGAGAGAGAAGGAAGGAGAAAGUGGGAGAGAGAGAGAGCUUAGCGGGAUCUUGUGUAAUGUACUUUCAAAUAUAAAAAACGCUAAAACAGUCCCAAAAAGAUAGAUACAAAUACUAAAAACCUUUAUCCAAAGGCAAUCGCAAUCGAAUUCGAAUCGCAAAUGAUCAAAAACCAAAAAGUCUAAAACUAAAUCACCAUAUUGAGCAGAUCCGCCACACCCUAAGAAUCUUCAAACUAUCUAAGCAACAAAAAUCUGGCCAUGCAUAGGAAACGUCACGUUCUUAUACUAUAAUUUAUCCAACUAUCAUUUAUAUUGUAUAUGCGCGCCUAGAUAUAUACGGAUAUGUAUCCCAAAAUCCAGCAUUUCAUUUACAUUGUGUGUCUUCUGUUGUUGUACGAAUUCGUUAGGCUAAGGCAUUUUGUACAUAAUCUAUAAAUAGAUACAUUUAAGUAACACCCCUUCCCUUCCCCCAAAAACUAAAAAAAAAAAACAAAACAAAAAUAUAAAAAAAAAUUAACUUAGGUCCUCACAUGCAAACAACCAACUUUUAACUAACUCGAGAAUUAAUCAAAUUGUAUGAAAUUAUGCCACACAACAUGAAAGUAAACAUAAUAUAAAUAUAAAUAUUGUAUAGCAUUUAACAUUUAAUUAGCAUAAAUAAUAAAAGCAAAAAAUAAAA